AUGUAUCAGAGCUUGGCGCUGGCCCAGAGCUCUGGUCAGGCCACCUACACGGACUCGGGAGCCUUUCUGCACGCUUCGGGAGCCGGCUCCCCGGUGUUCGUGGCACCCACGCGUGUACCCUCCAUGCUGCCCUACCUGCCUGCGUGUGAGACGGGCUCGCAGCCUCCCGCGCUUGCCGCACACUCUAGCUGGACUCAGGCAGCUGCCGCUGACUCCUCAGCCUUCGGCUCUGGAAGCCCACACCCGCCAGCCGCACACCCACCGGGCGCCGCCACCUUCCCCUUCGCACACAGCCCCCCGGGGUCGGGCAGCGGCGGCAGUGCGGGGGCCCGGGACAGCAGCGCCUUCCAGGGCUCGCUGCUGGCUCGCGAACAGUACCCGACCCCGCUUGGGAGACCCAUGGGCGCCUCGUAUCCCACAACCUACCCGGCAUACGUGACUCCCGACGUAGCCCCUUCGUGGACCUCCGGACCCUUCGAUGGUAGCAUCCUGCACGGUCUGCAGGGCCGCCCUAGCGGCCUCCCUGGCCGCAGGGCCACCUUCGUACCUGACUUCUUGGAGGAGUUUCCUGGUGAGGGCCGGGAGUGUGUCAACUGUGGAGCCCUGUCUACACCACUGUGGCGCCGGGACGGCACCGGGCACUACCUGUGCAAUGCCUGCGGCCUCUAUCACAAGAUGAACGGGGUCAACCGGCCGCUAGUGAGGCCUCAGAAGCGUCUGUCCUCGUCCCGUCGAUCCGGCCUCUGCUGCUCCAACUGCCACACCGCCACCACCACCCUCUGGAGACGCAAUGCGGAGGGCGAGCCCGUGUGCAAUGCCUGCGGCCUCUACAUGAAGCUCCACGGGGUGCCACGGCCACUAGCAAUGAAGAAAGAGAGCAUCCAGACCAGAAAACGGAAGCCAAAGAACCCUGCCAAGAUCAAGGGCUCCUCAGGAUCCACAGCGAACACCGCAGCCUCUUCUCCCACUAUCCUCAACACUGAGGCCUCAGCUACCACUCUGAAGGCGGAGCCCAGUCUGGCAUCUCCAGGGUGUCCUGGGCCCACUAUCACCUCCCAGGCUUCCAGCUCAGUGGAUGAAUCCCUGGCCCCUAGUCAUCUGGAGUUCAAGUUUGAACCUGAAGACUUUGCCUUCACCUCCUCGUCCCUGAGCCCCCAGGCUGGCCUCAGUGGGGUCCUGCGUCAGGAGGCCUGGUGUGCCCUGGCUUUGGCCUAG